CCGGAGAUUUUUCGUACGAAGUGACACGUCUUUCGAAAACGCAGCAGAAAGUUUGCCCUGUUAUAACUACAAAUUUACUGUUUAAUCGCUAUGAGAAGAGCUCAUGCUCCGACAGAUUUCCAAGGGAAUAUGGCCCAGCGAUCAGAUCACCACAUGCUAGAGGAAGAAAAUGAUAAAAUGGUCGACCAUCUUUCAAGCAAGGUUCAAGCGCUCAAAUCGCUUACAAUAGACAUUGGGAAUGAGGUGAAAUACCAGAAUAAAAUGCUAAAUGAAAUGGAUACAGAUUUUGACUCAGGAGGUUCACUGCUAUCAUCGACAAUGGGCAGAUUGACAGCCCUGACUAAAAAAGGCCACCACAAAGUCAUGCUCUAUCUCAUACUGUUCUGUCUCUUUGUCUUCUUUGUCGCCUGGUAUAUUAUCAAAAGGAGAUAAAGUGCCACAAAAAAUAAUGUAUAUUAAGUAAUAUGUUAAAAUUGUAAAUAAAAUUUAUCUAUUCUUACA